CCGGCACAUGGUUGAACGGAUAGCGCGACGUUAUCUUUGAACAGCGAGGUUGGUCGGUUGAUUGGGAUGAACGAGUACGGAUGUUAUCCGCCGCCAGUUUUCAACCCUCCGGUUCGGCUGUUGCGGCCGCCGGUUUUUUGUCCGCCGCCUGUGGCGUGGCAGCAGCCCUUCUGGAACGGAGGGGCGGCGUCCUGGUGCCGGCCGCCCUGGGGAAUGGGGGCCGGGCAGCCCCACUCUUCCUGGUUAAAGGCCUGUCACAGCAGCAGCCAGUUUCAGGGUAACCGUGACCAGAAGUGGCCAAACCAGCAAGCUUCAAACCAGUGGUCUCCCAACACCAACCAACAUGAUUCCAGAAAACACAAGUGCCAGAAAAGGAAAAAGGAGCCGGUGUACACCCACCACUGUGAUACAUGUGAACGAGGGUUCAAAAACCUGGAGAAAUACAAUGAGCAUUUGUCACAGCACAUCCAGUGCAAUGCGAAGGACUGCAGUUUCAGUGCCCAUGAGAAGCUGGUUCAGAUUCACUGGAGAAAUGCACACGGGCCAGGAGCAAAACGAAUUAAGCUAGACACACCAGACGAAAUUACCAAGUGGCGUGAGGAGCGAAAGAGGAACUUUCCAACUUUGGAAAAUAUAGCAAGAAAGAAAAAAAUGGCUCAAGAGAAAGAGGAACGAGGAGAGGUGCUGGGGACACAGCAGUUUGACAAAAUGAAGGGAAAAUGGAAAAGCCCUCACAUCAGACACGGAAGAAGUUUUUGCAGAAAGUUUGAAAAGGCAUAUGAAGGUCACUUCGGAAUACUCAAUGGCAUGCAGGAAGAACAAAGUGCAAGGGAGCAGGCUGAUCCCACCCAGUCCAACGGGACAUGCAGUAAACUACCAGAAAACCAGGCACAAAGCCAAGUUUGUGGAAAAGACGUGGAUCCUCUCAGCAUAUUGGCACAAAAUGAUGCAGAGUCUGACAAGGAUGAGGGCCAAGCUGACGCUGAACAAGCAGAAAUCACCGUUGUGCCAAAGCAGAUAACAUCAGGCCUGAGCUCACUGAUGACCAAUUACAGCAGCUCAUCAGACAGUGAAAGCGACCGGGGGCCAGAGGAAAUCCCCAUCCAGACUGUUGCCAAAGCUGUGGAAGAAAACAGUGUGUUACUGGGAUCUGUCCCAAGAAGUUCAAAUGAACAGGAAAUUAAAGGAUGUGCAAGCAGCAUUAUGGACUCAGAAUCACAUAACCAGUUCAGUCCCAGGGGUAGAAGAAGAGGCAGACGCAGAGGUCAUGACAGACAAGAAAGGAGAACUUUUGAACAGUUAUUAAAACGUCGGCCAACCCUGCUUGAAAUGUUGCUGGCCCGAGACAUACGACAUGAAAGAAAUGUAAUCUUGCAGUGUGUUCGGUACAUCAUAGAAAACAAGUUUUUGGGCCUUGAACCAAAUGGGGUGACAGUGAGCCCUGUCUCAAGAACGACUUCAUGUGACGGGGCAGCACAUGCACACACAACUGAAGAAUGCAGCGAGGCUCAUGGACCCGAAGUACAUACACCUAAGCUCGAGGCUUAUGGACCCGAAGUACAUACACCUAAACAUGUUGCUGAGAAUCCUAAAGCUGAAGGGAUUAGUGAAGACCCCAUGAUAUCCCCAGCAAAUACAAAAUCAGCAGAGGGGCCUCAAGUAGCAUUGGUUACAUUGCCUGCUGUGGAUGAUGAAAUCUGGGAGUUACCAGAAACAAUGUGCGGAGAAAGAUGAUUGAGCAGAACAUGCACGUUUUACAUAGGGACGCAGAAGAUUCCUGACAGAAGCAAGAUGGAUUUGUACAAAGAGAUAAAAACAAAAAACUGCGGAUGCUGGAAAUCCAAAACAAAAACAGAAUUA